CCAAUUCCUCGGUCUCCUCUCUCUCUCCCCAACUCUCUAUGAAUCGGUUUGUUCAUCAUUUUGUAUCUGCAAGAAGGGGAUUCAUUUCGCAUACUGAAGCAGGGUUGGAAAGAUCGAUCUAAGCCUGACAGGUACUUUUUUAAAGAGCUUUAGAGUGGUGUGAGAUGGAUACAUCACAGAAUGCAACCGGUGGGAGUGGUGGAAAUGGGGUUUUGGUCCCUCAAGCCAAUGAUACAGCUGGAGCAACAAUGGUGGAUGAUCCAAAGCAAAACCUGAACGAGGUCAUUAACUCUAUUCAGAAAACUUUAGGGCUCAUUCACCAGCUCUACCUCACUGUCUCUUCGUUCAACGACGCCUCUCAGCUCCCCCUCCUCCAACGCCUAAAUGCUCUUGUUAUCGAGCUUGACAACAUGGCUAAGCUGUCCGAAAAAUGCAAUAUCCAGGUUCCUAUGGAAGUUUUUAAUUUGAUUGACGAUGGGAAGAAUCCUGAUGAAUUUACAAGGGAUGUCAUAAACAGUUGCAUUGCCAAAAAUCAGAUCACUAAAGGCAAAACUGAUACCUUCAAGAGUUUACGCAAACAUCUUCUGGAAGAACUUGAACAGACAUUUCCUGAUGAAGUUGAAUCUUACAGAGAAAUACGUGCUGCAUCUGCUGCUGAAACAAAACGGCUUGCACAAGCACAGAGCAUAUUACAGAAUGGUGAUGUGAAAGUCAAACCCGAGCCUUAAGCAUGUCAUUUGUUUAUGUAUCAGGUUCUUGUUGUCAAAUAUGGGCCACUUUUAAGCAAAUAUGUGUAAAUUUGAUUUUUGCUUUUGCACAAACUUCUUUAUCUUAUUCAAGCCACUUGGUCACCAAGCACCCAAUUAGAAUUCAAAUUUCAAUCCUAUAGUUGCAAAAUUAUAUUC